CCCCUCCAACCAAUAGGCGAGUGGUUCGUCCCGGACAAGAUGGCGGCGGCUGCGUGCCCAAAGAAGAAGAGCAUGAAAGCCGCAGGCAGAAUUUUCUGUGGCUGAGGUGAAAACGGUGCCAGCAUUUCAGGCAGCAGGAUGGGGGAGUGGCAAAGGCUCUUUGUACAAAACUUGACGGUUCCGCCACACAACCAGAGGAGACGGCACUCCCCACCCAGGGAAUCGACGGCGUUUCAGUUCAUCCUGAAGUCUGUGGAGGGAGAUGCAUUGAAGCUGAGAGCAUUGGACGAAAUGUCGGACGUGGAAUUCCAGCUGCGCCUUUCCUUCUUUGAUGUCACCUACCACCAUUUCUUUGGGAAGACCUGGAGGAGUGCUACAAAGCCCCUUAAAGCUGGGCUGGGACAUCCCCCUGCAGUGGUCUUCCACGAGACUGUUUAUUUCCACACAUCUUUGGAUUAUCCCAGCAUCGUUUUGGUGGUGGAGGUCGUAGCAACAGCCAGGAGGCGGGACGGCACCCUGCAGGAGAUGUCAUGUGGUUUUGGGAUCAUACAUUUGUUUACCAGCAGAUCUGAGCCAACAGACCUGAACUUGAAGGACAAAGGGCUCAGUUUGUAUCAUGGGACCCCACGAGCCCUCUUGCACCCACUUCUCCAAGAGCCAAUAGAGAUGAACAAGUACCUGAUGACGAUUGACAGCUGUCAUCUUCAAUGCAGCAUGCAGCCACACCCACCUCUGGAGGCUGUCUAUCACCUCCUGCCAGAGAACACCCCUGUGUCCAGCUUGCAGAGAAUCCCUGGCAUGCUAGCAGCACAUGAAGGAGACUUAUUCCAGAAGCCACGACUCAUGAAGACAGUGACGUGGUACUUGGAGAAGCUGUCCAUCCAUCUCUACCCUUCGUUGGAGAGAUUUGAAGAGGAGCUCUUGGACCUGCUCAUGAGUGAUCAGGGCAACUCGAUGCUGGAUGGGAACACCCUCGCGGUGCAGGAGAGGCGGCUGCACAUUGGGGUACACAACGGCUUUUGCUUUGUGCAGCCACCACAGGUGGUGGUGGUGGUGCCAGAGGCCGAGGUGGCUCGAGGGCGGACCGGCAGCUUACAGAGGAAACAAGGAGCCGGUGUCAGACCCAGUUCGGAGGGGCAAGCUCUUGUUCUGCGAAGCCGCAUACACUUGACAGAGAUGGUCCAUCACCCGGCCUUUGGAGUGGUCCUGCUGCUGGAGUACGUCUUCUCCGUGGCAAGUGGACCAGAUGGGAAGACGCCAUCCGUUACAUCGCUGACAACGCCGGCUUACAUGCACUCAAUUCGCUGGGCUGUUUGGAACCCCUCACCGGACGCAACUUCUUCAAACGUGGUCCUGCCAUUGCAAGGAGGAGUGCAACAUAAUCCCAGUCAUGUUUUGGUUUACAAGACACCACCAGCCACCAUGAGCUCUGAAGAGGUGAAGCAGGUUGAGUCAGGGACUGUUCAGUUCCACUUCUCCACUGGCUCCGAGGAACAACCUGCAGUGGCUGGAAAACCCUCAAGCAGCACGAAGGGAGAAGCUCCUCUCUCAAAGAAUCCUCCGCCCACGCCGUCCCCCAGGUCUCCACCUUCCCCCCAGGUGCUGGUUUCCACCCAAGAUUAUUCCCGAGGUCCUGGGCUGUCAAUAUCCCAGCUCUCUGUGCCUCCAGUGAGCUGCUCCUCCAAAACCCCAUCGCAGCCGUCUGGAGGGGCUCUGCCGUCCCAGUCCUCGGAGGCUCUGAGGCAGCUGCAGGAGCAGGAUAACCCGCGUGGAGCCAUCACCCACUUGGAGUCCAACCUCAGCUACACCUCGCUGGCCCAGGAAUCCCCCGCCGCAGAUCAGCUCCAGGAGCUGCCCUUCACACCAGUGCACGUGCCCAUCAUGGCCCUGGGGCCACACUCAGAAAGUCCUAGCACUGGCCUUACGCGGGCUGCUCUCGCCCGCUUGCGUGCAUCGGGAUUCCCUCAGCUCCUGGACUGCAACAAGGAGCCUAUCCAAAUUGUGGACCCUGUGGACCCUGUGAACUUCAUCCCACAGCGGGAAGAAGCUGACCUCCUGCAAAACAAUGAAAUUAUCCUGCAGUUUCUUGCAUUUACCAGGGCCGCAGAGGACAGGACAGCCUUCGAGACGUGGCCCAAAACCAUCUAUUUCACCUUCCAGUUCUACCGCUUCCCUCCGGUCACAACUCCCCGGUUGCAGCUGGUCAAUGCAGAUACCUCGAAGGCAGCUUCAUUCAUUUCAUCUUCUCACAUCUUGGUGCAAAUCAAGGAAGAUGGGACCCUGAACCUUGGCUCCCCAGGUUUCCAACUGAAAUAUAUGGUGGAUCCUGGUUUCCUCAAGCCAGGUGAGCAACGGUGGUUUAUCCGUUACCUGGCAGAGCACACCCUGCAAAUAGACGCGUGGGAUGGCGAUUCAUUGCUCCUCGUCGGAUCUGCUGCUGUGAAGCUGAAGCACUUGCUCCGCCAAGGCCGGACAGCUGUCCAAGUCCACCGUGAGCUGGAGGUUAUCACCAUGGAAUACAAGCAGGACACAACCGUGAUGAGUGGGGAGAUUCUCAAGCACGGGGGUGUGAAGCCCAUUGGAGUUCAUGCUGUUGUGCGAGGGCGUCUCCACCUGAGCCUGGCUAACAUCGGCCAUCUGUGUGAACAAAGGCAGAGGAAGUCCGUCUCUUUGCCACCUUCUCGCUCUCGGAUCAUCUCUUCCCAUGACGGGAACAGUGGCUUCCACGGGGGCAGCUUGCUGUCUGCAAAUGCUUACAGUGUUGGGAACGUGUGCCAGGCACAAAAACUGGCUGAUGUGGACAGCGAGCUGGCAGGCAUGCUCUUCUCGCGCCUGCGCGAAGUCAGCGCCACGUUCCAGCACAGCAGCCGUGAGGCCAGCGUCACCCGGAGGCGGAAACUGGAGAGGAUGCUGUCGGUCCGGAGGCGGGAGUCCCAAGAGGGCGAUGCUGCGAAGAAAACCAGCCUCAUCAUGGGACGGCAUGAGGAUCGCAUUCAGCACUCCCGGGACCUCCAGAUCAUCGAGGCCUACCGGGAGCGAAUCAAAGCCGAGAGCAUCGCCAGCAUGCUGAGCCAGGCCAUUACCACCCGUCACACCCUCUACGCCACAUUUGGCACGGCUGAGUUCUUUGAGUUUGCCCUGAAGAACCCGUAUAAUGUCCAGCACACGGUCACCAUAGAGACGGACAACCCAGAGCUCAGUGUCAUUGUGGACACUAGAGAAUGGAGGCACUUCAAGAAGCUGACCCAAACCACCACCCCUCUGGAGGAGGACAUGUUUCACCUGCAGGACGACCUCACGCCUCAGGUGUACCUGCGCCCCAAGGAGACGGUCCACAUCCCCUUCAAGUACCAGGCCUUCUCCCUGGAGCAUGCUGCCACCAUGCAGCAAGGUCCCGCGGAGCUGAUGUUCAGCAAAGGCAAGGAGGACUCCGCAGCCCCCUGGAAGUCCUGUGGCAUACAAACAAAGCACAUCAGGGUCUCCUUCACUGCAAGCGGCGGGAAGCUCCUUGCCAUCCUCAGUGUGAAUGUGGAAUCCCAGCCGCACGUGGUGGAUCAGACGUUCCGCUUCUAUCACCCGGAGCUCACCUUUCUCAAGAAAUCCAUCCGUUUGCCUCCUUGGCACACCCUUCCAGGUGCCCCAGUGGGUAUGCCGGGUGGAGAACCAGAGAUGUUUGUGCGUUGCAGUGACCCAAACAUCGUUUGUGAAACCAAGAAAAUGGGUCCUGGCGAACCUCAGGAUGUCUUUCUGAAAGUCGCAGGGGGCCCAAGUCCACAGAUCAAGAGGUUCUUCCUUUCUAUUUACACGGACCCCUGGCUGGCUGCUCCGACACAGAUCUGGCAAUUCUACCUCCAUUCUUUGCAGCGGGUGGAUGUUAGCUGCAUAACAGGGCAGCUGACCCGCCUUUCACUGGUGCUCAGAGGGACUCAAGCCAUCCGGAAGGUGAAAGCGUACACCUCACACCCGCAUGAACUGACGGUGGACCCAGAAGGCAUCUUCAUCCUCCCUGCAAAUGGCGUGCAAGAUCUGCACCUUGGCGUGAGGCCUCAGAGUGCCGGCAGCCGGUUUGUCUACCUCAACCUGGUGGAUGUCGAAUACCAUCAGCUUGUCUCUUCCUGGCUGGUGUGCUUAUCCUGCCGGCAGCCUCUUGUCUCCAAGGCUUUUGAAAUCGUGCUCCCCCCUGGUGGAGGGAAAGGCUCAAACAAGAGGAUCACCUACGCCAACCCCUAUCCAUCCCGGAGGGUCUAUUUCCUGCACACCAACCGGCCGGACCUUCUACAGUUCAAGGAGGAUUCCUUUGAGAUCGGUGGAGGGGAGACGUACACCAUCGGUUUGCGAUUUGCCCCGAGCCAGAGUGCUGGCGAAGAGGAAAUCCUGAUUUAUAUCAAUGAUCAUGAAGACAAGAACGAAGAGACUUUCUGCGUGAAGGUCACCUACCAGUAGUGUUGUAAGGUGUAUGUGUUUGUGUGCCCUUGCCUCGAUUGUUUUCCACUCUCCUGCAAUCCAUCAAACUUCCCUAAAGGGACAGUCCUGCUCCCUUCACGAUCCCCGUCUGCAAACAGCCUUUGCACCCCUGAAUUGUCGCUGACCACAAGUCUGCAGAGAGAUUACCUCCCCCACCCUGCUACCUCAGAGCGGUGGGACACAUGGCCUCCACUUGAGUGUACUUUAGCUUGCAUCCCAUCGAGCCCCUGCUAAGCCUGCGUGAUUGAUUGCCCGAGUGGAUUCCUGGGACGUCAGCACGACCUCCAACCAUGCAGCUGAGUCGCGCCUGUUAUACCCCCACCCCCUUUCCUUCUGGCUCCGGAUCGAAAAUUCAUUUCUCUCGCCAUGAAAUGUCACUGGCUGGUAGAAGGCAGCUGAGGCUUUCAGAUCUUUAACACGGCAGUGCAAGCUUGUUUGCCAAUUUGUUUGGUUUUGUAACAUUAUUUUUACACAGAGUUUGGGUUUGGGGCAUGUUUGGGUGUUUGUUUGUUUUUUAA